AUGACAUUACAACAAUAUUGUAUUCGUCCCGAUGAUAAUGAUUUGAGAAGAGAAAGAUCGAUAAAUAAAUCAAAGGCAUUAGGUAAGCAAUAUACAUUUUUUCAACUUCGUCAGUUGAAUGUUACUGGAAAAGAUCUUUAUGAAUGGUCCGCCCCAAUUGAUACAAUCGAACAUUAUGAAUUAUAUAGUAUGAAUUCAUCUGCCCAAAAUGGAAUUUAUUAUAAUUGUUCAUCAUCAUUUUGGUUUGGACCAUCUUGUGAAUAUACAUUGGGUUCAUUGGACUCAUUUACUAAAAUUGUCCAAGAGCGAUUUCGAUCUCGAAUUAGUCUAAUAACGCUUAACGGAUAUGCAGAUGUUUUGAAAAUGACAAAUGGGACAUGUUACAUCCAUUUAAAAUGUAAUCGUGGUCCAUCGCCGAUGUGUCUUGAUUGGAGAGAAAUAUGUGACAGAAAAUGUGAUUGUUUAGACAAUUGCAAUGACGAAGAACAGUGUUUUAAAUUGGAAAUAAAUGAAUGUGAAAAAGAUCAAUAUCGUUGUAACAAUGGAAUGUGCAUUUCGCAAGAAUUAUUUCGUGAUCGUAAUAAAUUUAUUGAUUGUAUCGACGCAUCAGAUGAAACAUUUUAUGAUCGUGAAGCACUAGGGUUAAACUGCUUUACAAAUCCAGCGUUUGAUUGCGAUACAUUAACUUGUAGUUGGUUUCAUUCCUUUUCAUGUGGCAAUGGGCAGUGUUCGACACAUCAUCCGGCACAACCUUAUUUGUCUCUCUGUCAAAAUGGACGGGAUCUAUUGCAUGCCCAAGCCAUAUUUAUGCACGAUGUGUCGUCUGAAUUGUCAGAAGAAUGUUGGUUAGCACUCAUUUGCGCAUUGAGUCUGGAAUAUAUAGUUGAUGUUGACUGUGUCUAUGCUCGAUCAGUUCAACUUGUAUGUCCGUCGCGUUUUAUCUUUCCAUCUUGGCCAACUUUAUUCAAUGAUAUUCGAUUUAUUUACGAACUAAAUAAUACUAACAUCAUUGUACCAAGUUAUAUUUGUUAUAAUGCUAAAUGGUGCGAUAAAUUUUUGAAUGCAACCUUCUUCAUUAAUGAAUCGGCAUGUAAAUAUCUUUAUGAAUUUCCUUUCUUUGAUACUGAACAGUUGAUUAAUGAUAAUUUCUACGAUGACGUUGAGUUAUUUUUCAAACAUUGGUGCCCAUUACCUGAGUUAACGAUAACCAAUAAUGAUAUUUGCUCCCAUCCAGCUCUUUUUCAUUGUGCAGGUACGUCAGAAUAUGUAUCAAAAUACCGUUUGGUAGAUAAAAACGUUGAUUGUUAUCAAUCAUAUGAUGAGUUAUUUAAUGAAAGUUGUUCUUUGAAUUUAUCACAUCGAUUUUAUUGUCCAUCAGACAAGAAAUGUAUACCACAAGUACAGCUAGAAGAUGGCACGGCAGAUUGUUCAGGACAAGAAGAUGAAUUGAGUGUACACCGUGAUUGCAUUUUAAAUAAACAAUGUGAGAAUGAAAAAAUUAUCUUUUCAAAAAUUUGUAAUGGUUUCACAGAAAUGCCACCGAUUCAAAUUGGUGAUCAAAAUGAAACUGACGAAACAAAUUGUGAAUAUUGGCCAUGCGUUACACCAUAUACACUGUGUGAUAAAGUAUGGAAUUGUUAUAAUGGUGCUGAUGAAUUAAACUGUUCGUACAUGAUUUAUUCCUAUAAUUGUAAAGCUGAUGAAUAUCAUUGUAUUCGAGUCGAUAACAUUACACAAGGAAUGCAAAUUGAUAACCAUAUUUCUCAGGACUGUUUACCAAUGAAAUAUGCAGGUGACAAGAAAAUCAAUUGUUUAGGAUCGAUAGAUGAACGAGAUUAUUGCCGCUCGAAUUAUCCAAAUGAAGCAAAUCGACGAUAUCGUUGUUGGAACGAUACAACAUGUAUUGAUAUCAAUCGUCUAUGCGAUUGUACAAGUGACUGUCCACUUGAAGACGACGAAGCUAUUUGUUCUUGGUUACGUCAUGAAUCGAAUGCAUGUAAGCCUAAUUAUUUUACAUGUUCUAAUAGCAAGACAGUUUUAAGAGAAAAUAUGUGUAAUGUUGAAAAUGUUUGCAGUAAAAAAGAAGAAGCAUUGAUCUGUGAUUUGAGAGAAUGGAAUAAACCAGAACGAAAGUAUUUUUCUCUUGGAAACUAUUCUUAUCGAUAUCCAGGCAUAUCAAUGCAAAAUAAUGAGUGCCCGUCGACUACAACAAAAGCAUUGCUAAACAAAAAACCGCAACAUGAGCAAAACAAUGAUUUGCUGUUACAAUGGUAUUGCAAUCAAGGGGUAUUAGUUAAUUCAUUUGAUCGGAAAUAUUAUUGUUUUUGCUCCCCGGCUUAUUAUGGUGAUCGAUGCCAAUAUCAAAAUGAAUUUAUUGCUUUAAUUUUGAAUGUUCGACGAAAAUCAGCCCGUGAUCAUUUAUUUGUAUUUCGUAUUAUCAUUGUUUUACUUAAUGAAAAGAAGGAUUUCUUAUUUCAAGAACAAAUUUUGUAUGUAUCCUCUUGUAAAAAAAGGUAUCAAAUGUAUUUACUUUAUCCUGAUCGACCAAAAUUAAAAGAUGAAAAUUAUUCCAUUCAUCUUGAUAUUUAUGCUAUUAAUCGUUUGCACAAUACGAUUCAAUUUCGAUCAAGUUUCCAUCAUAAAAUUCCAUUUACAUUUUUACCAGUUAAUCGGCUUGUUGUUAGUUUGGCUAUACCGGAAACACAAGCACAAGCAAAAUCAUGUGGUAAUAUUCAGUGUCAAAAUGGAAAAUGCUAUCGGUAUGAAAAUCUCAAUGAAUAUUACUGUCGCUGUAGUCACGGUUGGUUUGGGGAAUUCUGUCAGUUUCGUCAUGAAUGUAAUUGUUCUCCACAAUCGAUCUGUACGGAAACAGGUUGUGUAUGUCCUUUAGGAAAAUCUGGUUCAUUGUGUUAUGUCCCUGAAAUAAUAUCUUGUAAAGAUAUCGUUUGUCAACAUGGUGGAACUUGUAUACCGCAUGGCCAACGAUUACUGGAAAAGGAUUUUCUCUGUAUUUGUUCAGAAGAAUAUGAAGGUAUAUUUUGCGAAAAACGUCGAAUGCGUAUUAACAUUGCUUUCAACAACAUUCCAAUACCAUCUACAAUACUUAUUCAUUAUUUCAUCUAA